AUGGAACAGCGCACGGGUCGCUUGGAGCACGAGGUGGCUGACCUUCAGCAGCAGCUUCGGCUGGCGCUGGACCAGGGUGCAGAGCUGCGCGUGAAGCACCAGCGCUCAGAGGAAGCGGAGCAGCAUGCAGUGCUGCGGGCGGGCGAGGUGCUCGGAGAGCUGAAGGCCUCGGAGGCCAUGAGUUCCGGGCAACAAGCACGCUUGAAAGACCUAGAGGUCCAGCUCCUUUCGGCCCGUGAUUCCUUGGCGCAGGCCGAGCAUGACCGCGCCAACCACAGCAGUUGGACUCAGCGAUUGGGCCACGAGUUGGCCGAUGCCCGCGCCAACGAGCAGGAGGCACGGCUGCGGGAGGCACAACAGGGGCAGGAGCUGCGAGACGCCCAGCGGCGCUUGGAGCAGCUGGUCGGAGGUGCUUCCACACCGGGUGAACUGGCCCGAUGCCAGAAACGCUUAGCAGAGCUGGAGCAGGUUUGCAGCCGCCAAGAGGCGGAGCUGGCGGAGGAGCGCCGUGCACGUGAGCGAUGCCAUUUGGAGGCGGUCAAAUCGGGCGAAAAGCUACGCUUAGCCAGGGCGCAGGGGGCGCAGAUGAAGGAACGGGUGAAGUCGCUGGAAGAAGCUGAGCUCCGCUAUCCUUCGCGCUUCCCCCCGCGCUCCAUCAAGAACCUCCGCCUGGGCUCCGCGCGCAGCGCCAGCCUCCCUGCUGAGCCCAGGGCGCGUGGCACUGGGCAUCGUGCACAGGGCGUGCCAUGGGAGCCGCGGACGGCAGGAAGGGCAGAGAGGCAGGUGAAUGAGCCAGUGGCAAAGGAGGCCAGGUGGUCAUGGGAAGAGCAGCCUCGUGCUGCCUUGCCCCAAGCUGAACCACAGGACUCGGGACUAGCGGCGAUGCUGCCGAAGGCGGCGACCGUGUUUCCGGACGUUCCGGGAGAUCACAACGGUGAAAUCAUUCGACUUUGGAACGGGCAGCUGCUGAAACGGCUUUGGUGCAUCAAGUGUUUGGUGUUUGGGUCACAUACGGCUCAACAGCUGACCAAGUUUGUGAGAAAGUAUGGCUCAACAGCUGACCAAGUUUGUGAGAAAGCAUGGUCCAACAGCUGA